GCGUAUAAAAAUAUAUUUCUCACCCUGUACGUGUGUAAUUUAGUGAUUAUUUCAAAAUUUCUAAGGCUAUCUCUAACUCAUUCACUCAAUUUAUCCAGUUUUAACUCCAAAUAUGCAGUUGCUACAACUGCUUCACUCACUAUUCAUGUUUCUCUCAACGCGUCUUCUUUCUUCUUCUCACAGUCGCCGUCAAUGGCGUCAUUCAUUUCUUACAAUUUCUUCUUCAUUGCCGUCUUCUUCCUUUCCUUACAGCUCCACCAUUGUUCGCCGCAGUACCUCAAAUUGCCACUCCUUCAUAAAACGCCACAUCCUCCGGCGCCGGCGGAAGCUCUCUCCGCCGACAGGCAGCGCCUGUCCGCACUUUUCAGCCGGCACGGCGGACAGCGCCCUAAGCUUCCGGUGACCUCCGCCGCCGCAUCCGGUGCCGGCCAGUACGUCGUCACCAUCCACCUCGGCACUCCUCCCCAGCGCGCCGUCCUCGUCGCGGACACCGGCAGCGAUUUGACCUGGGUGUCGUGCUCCGCCUGUCGAGCCGACUGCGCCGCCACACGCACCGGGUACUUCUUCCCUCGCCGCUCGGAGACUUUCUCGCCGUACCAUUGCUUCGAUUCCGCCUGCAAACUCGUCCCCCGGCCGGAGAAGACCGCGCAUUGCAACCGCACGCGCCUCCACAGCGUGUGCCGGUACGAGUACGCCUACUCCGACGGCUCCACCACCAACGGCUUCUUCUCCCACGAAACGGUGUCGUUCAACACCAGCGGCGGCGGCAGAUUGUCGGAGUUCCGGCGACUGUCUUUUGGGUGUGGGUUUUGGAACUCUGGGCCGAGCAUUUCGGGCCCAAGUUUUAAUGGGGCCGAUGGGGUUUUGGGCCUGGGCCGAGGUCCAAUAUCGAUUGUCUCUCAAUUGGGGAAGGAAUUUGGACACAAAUUCUCCUACUGCCUGAUGGACUACAGCCUGGCUCCGUCGCCGACGAGCUACCUUCUGAUCGGCGGCGCGUCGGGAAACGGCGUCGCCGGGAGAGGCAAAUUGAGCUACACUCCGUUAUUGGUCAAUCCCCUCUCCCCGACAUUCUACUACGUUAAAAUCGAGAAUGUUCUCGUCGAAGACGUGAAAUUACGAAUUAGCCCCUCGGUCUGGUCGAUCGACGAUUUCGGCAAUGGUGGAACGGUGCUCGAUUCCGGCACGACCCUGACGUUUUUAGCCGCGCCGGCGUACCGGAAAAUCCUCGCCGCUUUCGAGCGACGCGUGAUGCUGCCUCGCUCCGCCGCCGGUCCGGGUUCGGGAUCGGAUUUGUGCCUGAACGUGUCGGGAAUUUCAAGAGCGCGGCUACCGCGGCUGAGCUUCAAACUCAGCGGCGGAUCUGUGUUCUCGCCGCCGCCGAGGAACUACUUUAUCGACGCGGCGGACGGCGUCAAGUGCCUGGCGCUGCAGCCGGCGGCGGCGGAGACCGGUUUUUCGGUUCUCGGCAAUUUAAUCCAACAAGGUUACACUUUUGAGUUCGACCGGGACCGGUCGAGGUUGGGCUUCACGCGGCACGGCUGCGCCGUGCCGUGAGUCACGUCGCACGCGCGUUGCACGCACACUUCUGCAAGAUUGAAUUAUCUCGUCCAUUACCACAAAUUUAAUUCGUAUGAUUCAAAUGAAAUAUUAAAUAUAUAUCAAAUAUAUAUAUAUAUAUAUAAUGAUGUACUUUUAUUUAUAUUUGCAUGACAUAGAAAACAGCCAAUGUGCAGAAAAAGUUUGUCGGUUUUUCCAUUACCUUUUGGAUCGGAACAGUGUUUAUUGGAUUCUUUUGCUUUCCCGUGACAUGUCACAAUUCAAUAAAAAUUUGAUUUCAAAUAUUUU